UAAUUAUUAAUGUAAGAAAAUAAUUUUUUUUGUUGAGGCUGAUAGUUUCAGUUCAGUUCAUUUAGCAGACGAUUUUAAUAUUUUUUUAUUUUCGACUAUUCCAAUCGUUUGGGAAUCGUUUGGGCAAGUUUAGGAAAUCAUUCUUAUAAUUUGGGAAUAGUUUAGUCAGAAUUAAUAAAUAAAAAUUGGGCGUUGAGCUAGCAAACAUAAUGUAAAAAAUCGUUUUCUCGUACGUCAAUCGACUCGAAAUCAUUUGGGAAACACGCUCGUAAAAUUUCAGAGUUUGGGAAAUAAUAAUUUCGUCGUAAUUAAUAAAAUAAAGUUAGCAUUAAAAAAUUCCUUAUGAAGUUCCGCGGAUGUUCAAUUAGCAGACAUAAUGUCAAAAAUCUUUUUUUCUUACAUCAAUCGAUUAGAAAUCAUUUGGGAAACACACCCGUAAAAUUUCAGAGUUUAGGAAAUAAUAAUUUCGUCGUAACUAAUAAAUAAAGUUAGUAUCUGAAAAUUCCCUAUGAAGUUUCGCAGAUGUUCAAUUAGCAGACAUAAUGUCAAAAAUCUUUUUUUCUUGCAUCAAUCGAUUCGAAAUCAUUUGGGAAACACGUCUGUAAAAUUUCAGAGUUUAGGAAAUAAUAAUUUCGUUGUAAUAACGAAAUAAAGUUAGUAUCUUAAAAUUUCCUAUGAAAUUUCGUGAUAUUAGCAGACAUAAUGUCAAAAAAAUUUUUUUUUGCGUAAAUUGUUUUAAAAUUAUUUAGAAAACAUGUUUGUAAAAUUUCAGAGUUCGGAAAACAAUAAUUUUGUUGUAAUAAUGAAAUAAAAGUUAGUGUAUGAUUAUUUACUUAUGCAAUUUCCACAUAUAAGAUUUCGAUUGCAUUGCACAAUUUAUGACUAUCUAAAUUAAUUAAUCGCAUUGGUUAAUUUUUCAGGUUAAGCACGUGUAACAGCUUUACGACGAAUCUGCUAAAAAAAAGGUGCUAAUUUUGCUAAUUGUAACUAUCCAAUAAUUUUAUCCAAUAUAAGAUUAAAUUUAACGAGAUAUCUACAGUUAUAAUUAUAAUAACUUAUUUUGAUUGCAGGAACUUGUGAAAAGAGAAUCGAGAGCGUAAAAGUAAGGUUUUAAUCACAUAAGCAGUGAGUUUUUUAUCUCUAUAAUUUUUUUCCAUAAUUACAAGAAAAUUUGUUAAGAAAAGCACCCUCUUAUUUUUCUUAGUUUUGUUAAUUAGUGGUUAUCUUUGCCAAGAACAUCUUGAUGAAUAACCUUAAGUAAAUAGUUUUUUUAAGUACUUUCUCCCCCCGCUCUUCUGAAUAUGUCAAUCUAAUGUUCAUUGUUAUUUUAGGUAACGUAAAAAAAUUACCGAAAUGGAAGUAGGCGUUUUAACACAGCGCAUAAAGAUUGGAACCGUGAAAAGAGUCAAUCAUUCGAUAGCAAAGAAUACUUUGUUAAAAAUAAACUCAAAACUGAAUGGUAUCCAUCAUACAUUGAAUAUAAUGCCAACGUGUCUACAAUGUCCUUGUAUGCUUAUUGAUGUUGAUGAUUACAUCAGCACCCAUCCAUCUCCCGAUUCUAAAGGUUGCAUUUAGACUUCAACCACCAAAAGAAGAAAUGAUUUUAAUCUUGGGGAAAUAAUACUAUAAUAACUUUGUACCUAUCGAGAGGAAACAAAAUCUGAACCAAAGAAAGUCAUCUAUUACCGGUAUUGGUCACAUUUAGUGUCACGUAUAUAAAUUGGUAAAAAUUAAUUUUGUGCGCGCGAAAUCGUUUGCCGACGGCAACCGUGUGCGCUAGAGGCCGGAACCGCUCAGAAUUGAGCGCGGAGAACGUGUUGCGCGAAUCCGCGGACUCGCUGGAGGAGGCACAAACACAAAUGAAAGAAGGCAGGAUUUUUCUGUUUCACUUAUAAGCACCAUUUAUUUUUCAAAUACACUUAACUAUAACUUCUCGCGAAUCACGGAGAACGCGAGCAUGCGGGAGCGACGGGCCAAUCCCAAACGAACGGAAAUCUUCGUUUCGAACGGUCGUCUUUUCUGCCUUUAAAUUGCGCGACGGAUAUCUUGCCGUGUCAGGACGCCCCAACGGGACGGAUAUCUUGAGCGCGAACGAGACCGCAGGGCUGAUCGCGAGGCAGACGUUCGAUCGCGAACGCGAGAUCACCGUCGGUUCCCGCAAAGUCGCAAUGAACACCGCGCACUCGCGAGUCGCGAGACUUCCACAAUACAAUAAAACGAUGUCGUUUGAUAAUUGAGCCGAGGGAUACCCCGAGUAGUGAACGUUAGGUUUUUCAAAGAUGCAAAAAAACCUAGAGAGAACUGAGAGAGGCUUGGCGGGCAAUAGCAGGCGCAAGACUGACUCACUUCGCGCCGAAAAAUGGUAACGCGCCUUACUCUCCCUCGAUAUUCGUUGUUAGGAGGAGAAUAUCGGGGAAGAGCAAGCAGCUGAUCGGCCCGGUACUUCACGCGAUCACGGCGUGUACGGGUGACGUCCACGGGUCCACGCUCCGGCUCGGCGAGAUGAGAUGAUGAAUUCCCGACAACAUCUCACGACGGGAAACAAGAAAUAUUUAUGUUUAUCAAAACACAUUAUUGUUAACAGUCGAAUCUCAAACAAAUUUUUUUUAGUGCAUUAAAGUAUAAACAUAUAUAAUUAAGUAAAAAUUAAAAAUGAGAUUACUUUAAUCGUUUUUAUUUAUUCUGUAUUUAUGAAAAUUCAUCUGUUAAUCAUUUAAAACUUAUCGCAGGCAUAAGUUUUAUAAAAAGAAAUUCUUGAAUAUAUAUAGCUAUGAAUAAUUUAGUUGCAUGCCUGCGAUAAGUUUUAAAUGAUUAACAGAUGAAUUUUCAUGAAUACAGAAUAAAUAGAAAUAUAAACGAUUAAAGUAAUCUCAUUUUUUAAUUUUUACUUAAUUAUAUAUGUUUAUACUUUAAUGCACUAAUUCCAUAUUUGUAUUAAUGUACAGAGAUGGAAUCAGCAAAGGGCAACUUCCACAAAUAUUACGAAAUAAAUGCCAUUAAAAAGGCGAUACGUAGAUUUGCAAAAGGUCAAAGGAAUAUUGAAGUCACUUGCUUGGUCGUUUCCAUCAAUUAUUAUACACCGUAUAAUUAUAUAUUUGUCGUGUAUGUGUGUGUGUGUACAAUUCGUUUAAAAAUUGUUUCAAAUAUAUGUGAAUAGAUAUUUAAUAUAAUUAUCCCUUUGCUGUUGGUAUCAAUAUACAAGGCUUAAAAUGUCUUGAGACUUUUAUAUGACGCUUCUAUUCUACAAGAUUCCCACAUUUUUGCUAACAAAACAACUCGCAAAUAUCCACAAUUUUUCUGUAUAUUAUACAGUUAGAUUUCAAUCUGUAUAUUAUACAGUAUCUACCUGUACAUUAUAAAAUGUAGCGUAUAAAUCUUAUUUAUUUAAUUCAUUUCAACAGAAUUCAAUACAUAAUUUUAAAAAAUAAUUCUUUAUAUACAUAUAUAAUUACAUAUACAUAUAUGCAUAUUUUAAUUUUAUAUUCUUAUAAAAUACAUAUAUGUGUGAAAACACAGAUGAGAAUCAAACGUCUGAACGUUAAUAUUAGAACGUUCAAAGAUAAUCAGUAUCGUAUAUUAUACGUAAUAUAUGCAGUACGUAUGCUCUAUCGUGCAUUUAGAUAUCUAAACAACUUAUAUAAAUGAUUAAAAACUAAUUAUAAUUCAUAAAAC